AUGUCCCAGUACGGGCAAAGUGAACUUCCCCCUCCUAUCGUGGCGGCCGACAACGCCUACACCCAGGAGCACCCUAUGACGCAACCUGGACAGUUCCAGUCGUCUGAGUAUCAGACUCAACCUGGUGAGAACGUGAUCCACUACGAGCCUAAUGGAUACGCUCAGCAGUACAGUCAGACCUACUACCAGCCCCAGGGCGAUGAUGAGGCGCGCUACGCCGCUGAGCAAGAGGCCCAGCAGCAAAACUACCAGCAGCCCCAGCAGGAGUCUCAAAAGACUGAGAAGCCCCAGGAAGACGGCGAAAAGAAGGGUGGACUCGACUUUGACGACCUCCCAGAUGAUGAGUACGGUGCUCUUGUCACUUUCAUCCGUGCCCAGAAGCGUUCGGGUGGCGGUGAUGACGAAGAGGAAUCCGAUAUCCGUAUCGUUAAGAAGCGUAGCCUCUGGACUCCUUGGAAGGUCCGCGAGGUUCGUGUCAACAAGAACGGUGAAGAGGAAGCAGUUGCCCAGAAGGUGCCCCAGGCCUGGCUCGAGACUGAUGUUUUCCAGGGUGUGAGCGAGUCAGAGGUCCCUAACCGCCGUGCAAUGUUUGGUUACAACGAGCUCGAAAGUCCUACUGAGAACCUUGUGCUUAAGUUUAUUGGCUUUUUCCGUGGUCCUAUUUUGUAUGUCAUGGAGCUUGCUGUUGGUCUUGCCGGUGGUCUUCGUGACUGGAUCGAUCUUGGUGUCAUCUGUGGUAUCCUUAUGCUCAACGCCUUCGUCGGUUGGUACCAGGAGAAGCAGGCCGGUGACAUUGUCGCUCAGCUUAAGAAGGGUAUUGCUCUUAAGUCCAAGGUUAUCCGUGAUGGUCAAGAACGUGAGAUCGAAGCUCGUGAAAUUGUACCCGGUGACAUUGUUGUGGUUGAAGACGGUAUGACUGUUCCUUGCGAUGGUCGUCUGCUUGCUGAUUACGACGACAAAGACCUCUCCCAAGCUACUGCUAUCCGUCAGCGCAUGGAAGAAACCAAGCACCAAGGUGAUGGUGGUGAGGAUGAUGAGACUGGCGUUGACAAGGGUCCUGCUAUUAUUGCCUGUGACCAGUCGGCCAUCACUGGUGAAUCGCUCGCUGUUGAUAAGCACAUUGGUGACACUGUCUUCUACACCACUGGUUGCAAGCGCGGAAAGGCUUACGUUCUCGCGACAGACAUUGCUAAGCAGUCGUUCGUCGGUCGCACUGCUGCCCUUGUGACCCAGGGCGGUGGCGGUGGUCACUUCCAGAAGGUCAUGACUCUUAUCGGUACAACGCUGCUUGUUCUUGUGAUUGUGUUUGUUUUGGUCGUUUGGUUCGCUGGCUUCUUCCGUAACGUUGGAAUUGCUCGCCCUAGCGAAAACAACUUGCUCAUCUACACUCUGAUCUUCCUUAUUAUUGGUGUCCCUGUCGGUCUUCCCUGUGUUACCACCACCACCAUGGCUGUCGGUGCUGCAUACCUCGCUAAGCGUGAGGCCAUUGUGCAGAAGCUCACUGCCAUUGAGUCGCUCGCUGGUGUGGAUGUGCUCUGCUCGGACAAGACUGGUACUCUCACAGCCAACAAGCUUUCUAUUCACGAACCUUUCACUUCGGAGGGUGUUGACGUGAACUUCAUGAUGGCUGUUGCUGCUCUUGCUUCGUCUCACAACGUCCGCUCGCUUGACCCAAUUGACAAGGUUACGCUGACCACGCUGAAGGACUACCCUGCUGCUAUUGAGGAGCUCGAAUCUGGUUGGAGCACUAAGCGCUUCACGCCCUUCGAUCCUGUCUCGAAGCGUAUCACCGCUGAAGUUGCUAAGAACGGUAAGGACUACGUUGCUGCUAAGGGUGCGCCUAAUGCUAUCCUGAAGCUCUGCAACCCACCUCAGGAGCAGGCUUCUCAGUACCGCCAGGUUGCUGGUGAAUUUGCCUCGCGUGGUUUCCGUUCGCUUGGUGUUGCUAUCCAGGAAGACAACAAGUGGCGCCUGCUUGGUCUUCUUCCCAUGUUCGACCCGCCUCGUGCCGACACUGCUGCAACGAUUGCUGAGGCCCAGAGCCUUGGUGUCUCGGUUAAGAUGCUUACUGGUGACGCUGUGGCUAUCGCCAAGGAGACAUGCCGUAUGCUCGCUCUUGGCACGAAGGUUUAUGAUUCGCAGCGCCUUAUUGGUUCGGGUGGUAUGGCUGGCUCGGCUAUCCACGACUUUGUUGAGGCUGCUGAUGGUUUCGCUGAAGUGUUCCCUGAGCACAAGUACCAGGUCGUUGAGAUGCUCCAGCACCGUGGCCACCUUACGGCCAUGACUGGUGAUGGUGUAAACGAUGCCCCUUCGCUGAAGAAGGCUGACUGUGGUAUUGCUGUCGAAGGUGCUUCGGACGCUGCCCGCUCGGCUGCCGAUGUCGUGUUCCUUGACGAGGGUCUCUCGACUAUUAUUACAUCGAUCAAGGUUGCUCGUCAGAUCUUCCACCGUAUGAAGGCCUACAUCCAGUACCGUAUCUCGCUCUGUAUUCAUCUUGAGGUUUACCUGCUUCUUUCGAUGAUUAUUUUGAACGAGACGAUCCGGGCGAACCUGAUUGUGUUCAUUGCUCUCUUCGCUGAUGUUGCAACUAUUGCUAUUGCUUACGACAAUGCCCCUGCGGCUCGUGAGCCCGUCGAGUGGCAACUGCCUAAGAUCUGGAUUAUCUCGAUUGUUCUUGGUUUGCUGCUGGCCGCUGGUACUUGGAUUUGCCGUGCUACUAUGUUCCUUCGUGGUGGUGGUAUCAUCGAGAACUUUGGUAGCAUCCAGGAAAUUCUCUACCUUGAGGUUGCUCUUACUGAGAACUGGCUCAUCUUUGUCACCCGUCUUGGCGGUGGUGAGUCAGAGAUUACUCUCCCCUCGUGGCAGCUUGUUGGUGCCGUGGGUGUCGUUGAUAUUCUCGCCACGAUUUUCUGUCUGUUCGGCUGGCUCAGCGGUGCGGAGCACCGCAACCCUCUGACUGCACUCCACGGCGGUUGGACUGAUAUGGUUACGGUGGUUCGCGUCUGGGCUUACUCAUUCGGUGUCAUUGUGGUGUGCGCUAUUGUGUACUGGGUCAUGUGCCGCAUUCCGGCCCUUGACAACCUUGGCCGUCGCAACCGCUCGGUGAAGAACGAGGUUCUUGAGGACUUCUUUGCCAACGUGCAGCGCCUUACGCUCGUGCACGAGAAGGGCAAUGAAGAGGGUCACGAUGUCUACUCGUUCCAGACCCGCCUUGACGUUGGCGACGAUGAGUAA